UCGUCCCUGGAGGAGCCCCCCGACCUGGCUGCCAGCCCCCCCCCUCCACGCCAGCCCCUUCGGCCUGCUGCCCGCCAGCCCCCCGCCCGCCCCGCUGCUCCAGGGCCCCGGCUCGCCCACCCUGCACGACGAGAGCAGCAGCGUCGACCUGAACGGGAGCAACCACGCGGGACUGGGCGAGUCGGGGUCCCUGGAGCUUGAGCCCCCCCUGGAGCCAGAGUCCCCGGCCCCGUCUGCAGAGGAGGAGGAGGAGGAGGAGGAGGAAGAGCAGGAGGAGGAGGAAGAGGCCGCCGACAGCUGCCCGGAGACCUCGGCCGCGCCAGAAGGGGAGAGCGAGGAGGCGGCUCCGCUGGGCGCCUCGGGGGCAGGGGAUGUCCCUCGCCGGCGCAUCGCCACGCAGGAGGAGGUGCGGUUCCCGCUGCAGCACGGGUGGAGGCGGGAGGUUCGGAUCAAGAAGGGGAACCACCGCUGGCAGGGGGAGACCUGGUACUACGGGCCCUGCGGGAAGAGGAUGAAGCAGUUCCCGGAGGUGAUCAAGUACCUGAGCAGGAACAUGGUGCAGGACGUGCGGCGCGAGCACUUCAGCUUCAGCCCCCGGAUGCCGGUGGGAGACUUCUACGAGGAGCGGGACACGCCAGAGGGUGUGCAGUGGGUGAGGCUGAGCCCCGAGGAGAUCCCCGGGCGCAUCCAGGCCAUCACGGGCAAGCGCGGGCGGCCCCGCAACGCCGAGAAGGCCAAGCCCAAGGAGCCCCCGGCGGCCAAGCGGGGCCGGGGCCGCCCGCCCAAGGUCAGGAUGGUGGAUUUGCUGAGCAAGACGGACGCGCGGCUGCUCAAGAGGCUGGAAGCACAAGAGGUGCUCAGCGAUGAGGACAAGCUGAAAAUGAGUAAAAUCAAGAAGAAGAUGAGACGGAAGGUGCGAGCGUGGGGCUCGGGGUGGGCGCUGGGGCUCCUCGGGUCUGGUGGGGGUCUCUGGAUCCCUAAGCGGGUCUCGUCUCCCCAGGCCAAGAACAAGCAGAAGCAGGAGGCCAAAGCCCCCAGGGCCAAGGAGACCAAGAAGAAGCCUAAGGCCAAGGAGAAGAAGGGGAAGCCGGAGAAGGGCAAGGACAAGGCUCGGCCCAAGGAGAAGAAGGGCAAGGGGGCUCGGAAGGCGGACAAGGGGCUGGUGGCCCAGCGGCGCCUGGAGGAGCGGCAGCGGCAGCAGCUCAUCCUGGAGGAGAUGAAGAAGCCCACGGAGGACAUGUGCCUGGGGGACCACCAGCCCCUUCCAGCCUUCUCCCGCAUCCCGGGGCUCGUCCUGCCCAGCCGCGCCUUCUCCGACUGCCUGACGGUCGUGGAGUUCCUGCAGAGCUACGGCAAAGUGCUGGGCCUGGACCCCGCGCGGGACGUGCCCACGCUGGGCGCGCUGCAGGAGGGGCUGCUGGGGGUGGGCACCGGGGCCGGGCAGCUGCAGGACCUGCUGGUGCGGCUGCUGCAGGCAGCCAUCUACGACCCCGGGCUGCCACCCUACUGCCAGUCCCUGAAGAUCCUGGGGGAGAAGGUGUCUGAGAUCAGCCUGAACCGUGACACGGUGUCCGAGAUCCUGCGCUGCUUCCUGACGGCGCGCGGGGCGGGCGUGGAGCUGUGCGAGGGGCUGCGCACCAAACCCUUCCAGGCGCUGCCCCCCGAGUGGAAAGCUGCCAUCCUGGUCUUCCUGGUGAACGAGCUCAACAGCAGCGCCCUCAUCAUCAGUGAGAUCGACAAGACCCUGGAGAACAUGUCCAACUACAGGAAGAACAAGUGGAUCAUCGAGGGCCGCCUGCGCAGGCUGAAGGUCGCCCUGGCCAAGAAGACGGGCCGGCCCGAGUCGGAGAUCACGGGCCUGGAGGACGGACGGCGCCGGCGCAGCUCCCGCCUGACCGAGGACACAGGGCUGGAGAUGGAGGAGGAGGAGGAGAGCCGGGGACGGAGAUCCCGCCGGGAGGAGGAGGCCGACACGUCGGCGUCCAGCGUCCCGGAGCUGGAGCGGCAGAUCGAGAAGUUGGCCAAGAGGCAGAUGUUCUUCCGCAAGAAGCUGCUCCACUCCUCCCAGACCCUGCGAGCGGCUUCCCUGGGCCAGGACCGGUUCCGGCGCCGCUACUGGGUCCUGCCCCACCUGGGCGGCAUCUUCGUGGAGGGCGCGGAGGCGGCCGAGCCAGUGCCCCCGGAGCCCCCCGAGGAGAAGGUGCCCCCCCACGUGUCCCCGGUGAAGGAGGAGCCAGCGGACGUUCCCGUUCCCAGCCGGACGAGCUGCCCGACCUCCCGCGCCCGGGGCCGGCCCAGGAAGAGCAAAGAGGAACUGGCCCAGCACUGCGGACCCCGAGCCGCCCCCGUCAACGGGGUCCUGGAGGAGCCGGAGCCCCUGGGGCAGAGCCAGCACGACCUCAGCCAGUCCGCCUUCCUCUCCUGGCUGAGCCAGACCCAGUCGUCCCUGCUCAAGGACUCCGUCCUCACCCCGGCCAGCAGCCCCGGCAAGGGGGACGGGGGGCUCCCGCCACUCGAGGCCCCCUCGGAUCCUACGGAGGAGGAGUUGGAGGAGGAAGAGGAGGAGAGUGCCCCGGAGGCUGCGGAGAAGCGAGGGCCCUGGUUCAACCUGCUGCCCCGGACGCCCUGCGACGACCGAGCCCCCCUGGCUGCCUCCUCGGCCGAGCCCUCCCCACAAGCCCCCGCUGUGCCCCCCCGCAGCCAGACCCGCGGGGACCCCCCCAGGGGCUCACCCCAGCAGCUGAACGGCCUCCCCACGGACGACCCCGCGGCCCCCCUGCUCGCCUCCACGCCGGUGCCCGCCGGGCCCAGGGCCCUCGGCGCCUGCCCCCGCGGCCGGGGCCACCCCGACAAGCUCCAGGACGUGCCAGGACAGCCCAAGCGCCGAGGGAGACCCCCCACCAAAUUCUUCAAGCAGAUGGAACAGAAAUACUUGACGCAGCUGACGGAGCAGCCCGUGCCCCCCGAGAUGCAGAGCGGCUGGUGGUGGCUGCGGGACCCCGAGGAGCUGGAGGCCGUGGCCCGGGCGCUGCACCCGCGCGGCAUCCGGGAGAAGGCCCUGCACAAGCACCUCACCAAGCACAAGGAGUUCCUGCGGGAGGUUUGCCUCCGGGCCACCACCGACCCCAUCUUCCACCCGCGCCCCGAGGCGGCCGGUGCCGCCGUGUCUCAGGAAGCCCUGGCCCGGUGGUCGGUGGUGGACAGAGCCUACGAGACCGACCUCGGCGUCCUGCAGUGGGUGGAGGAGCUGGAGCAGCGCGUGCUGAUGGCCGACCUGCAGAUCCGGGGCUGGACGUGCCCCAGCCCCGACUCCACGCGGGACGACCUCCGGUACUGCGAGCACAAGGUGGAGCCCCUGGAGGACAUCACGAUCCGUUCCCGGCGGGACGGGCUCCCGCUGCGCCGGGAACACACCAACCCUCUGGAUCUGGCCGUGCUCCGUCUCCUGGCGCUGGAGCAGAACCUGGAGCGCCGGUACCUGAAGGAGCCGCUGUGGCCGCUGCACGAGGUGGUGGUGGAGAAGGCGGUGCUGAGCGGCCCCGAGGAGCUGAGCCUGGGCCCCACUGAGAUAGCCUACGAGAUCACGCCGCGGGUGCGGACGUGGCGGCAGACGCUGGAGCGGUGCCGGAGCGCGGCCCAGGUGUCCCUGUGCAUCUUCCAGCUGGAGAAAUCCAUCGCCUGGGAGAAGUCUGUGAACAGAGUGACGUGCCUGGUGUGCCGGCGCGGGGACGACGACGAGCACCUGCUGCUGUGCGACGGCUGCGACCGCGGCUGCCACCUCUACUGCCACCGGCCCAGGAUGACCGAGGUGCCCGAGGGCGACUGGUUCUGCUCCGUCUGCGUCUCCCGGGCAGGGCAGUACCGGGACCCCGUCUCACCUCGGCGGGGCAAGAAGCGGAAACGGGGGCGUCUCGGGGGGACCCCGGAGGAGGAGGAGGAGGAGAACCCGCGGCGCCGCCCGGCCCUGCGCCGCCGAGAGGGGCUGCCCGUGCCCCGGUACCCGGGAGAGGGGCUGACCCCCACCAAACGGAGGGGAGUGACCCUGCGGGGGCAGCCCAGCGACCUCACCUUCUGCGAGAUCAUCCUGAUGGAGAUGGAGUCGCACGAGGACGCGUGGCCCUUCCUGGAGCCCGUGAACCCGCGGCUGGUGCCCGGCUACCGCAAGAUCAUCAAGAACCCCAUGGACUUCGGCACCAUGCGCACGCGGCUGCUGCGGGGCGGGUGA